AUGGUGGCGAUGGGCGCGGAGGACGACGAGCGGCCCGUGCACCAGGGCUGCAUGGCCGGCUUCCUCCACCUCUUCGACCGCCCGCAGAUCCUCUCCGCCAAGCGCCUCCACCACCACCCACGACGCCUCCUCUCCUCCUCCAGUGGAUCGGCCACGCCGUCGGAGAUGUCGAUGCCGCUUGACCGCGGCUCGGAGCGGGCAACGCCGCUCCCGUUGUCGCCGGACAUGACGCCGCCCGCGGCGCCCAGGCCGUCGCUGCAGCUGCCUCCGCUGGACUUGAAGGACAGGAGUGGCGCGGCAGCGUCCUGGAGGCUGCCGCGACUGUCCCUUGACAGCCGGGCCGUGGUGGACGCCAAGGGGAAGCUCCGGCCACGGGACAUCAGGACGUCGUCGCCCUCGGGGGCGCCGCCGUCCCCAGGUAUGGGUGGCGACGAGCGGCGGUCGCCCAGCGUCGUGGCGCGGCUCAUGGGCCUCGACGCGCUGCCGCACGGUGCCGGCGACGAGGAGGAGGGGCAGCACGCCGCCCGCGGCGGCGAGCUCAGGCGGUCGGCGUCCGAGCGCGUGCCACGCGACCCGGCGCGCUUCCGGUUCGUCGACCCGACCUUCUUCGAGAAGCCGGCGCCACCGGUGCUUCUGCCGCCGCAGAGGCCGUCGUCCCCCGCGACGGUGGUAGCGCUCCGGCGGUCGCCGGAUCCUGCGUACCACAGGGCCGCGCUGCAGAGGCGCAGCAGCCACUUCGACGCGCGCGAGGUGUUCCCCGAGCCGGCGAAGCGCGUGGACCCGAGCGCCGGGCAGGGCGAGAUCGCGCUCUACGGCGAGAUCGAGCGGCGCCUCCGCAAGCGUGGCAUCGCCGAGCCGGCUAGAGAUCUCGAGACGCUCAAGCAAAUCCUGGAGGCCCUCCAGCUCAAGGGCCUGCUCCACCACGCGCCUCCCGCGCCCGUCUCCGUGAGCAGCCAUCCGCCUCCAAUUGUCGUCAUGCGCCCGAACUCUCGGCCGCCGCAGCCGCCGCUUGCACGGACGUCCCCGACCAGGCGACUACGCGUCGAAGUCGACAAUGCCCGCCGCCCGCGUUCGCCCAGCCGCGACGCGUCCCCUGCACGGAGCCCUGCCUCGCCCGCACGGCGCGGCCCGCAGUCACCUCAGCGGCGCGUCUCCCCGGCGCAGUCGCCAAAGCAGCACCAGCAACUGAGGAAGCCGAGCAACGCUGAGCUCCCCAGCGUCCGCGCUCGCACGUUUGGAGGACCACGGCCUGCUCGAGCGCUGCGGCAAGCUGCUGAGCAGCAUCCACGCCUUCACCAGCGUCGGCGACGCGGCCGCCGACCAGCAGCCGAGCCCGGUGUCCGUUCUGGACGCGGCGGCCUUCCUCGCCGACGAGGACUCGCCGUCGUCGUCAGGGUCGAAACGGGGAAUGGAUUUCAGAGCCCCAAGUCCUCGGCCAGUGGUGGUGGCGUCCGAUCUGGACGAUGACGAGUGGGUCCCUGAAUCUUGGCUCGUGGGGCCGGAGGCGAGCGACCCAGACUUCGCUUACGUGGCAGAGGUCAUCCGGUUGCUUGACCGGUUGAAGGAGCCGGAUGACGUCUA